AUGGUGCCUCUUACUGACGAUGUCGACUACGAUGCCGGUGAAAGGUUUAGAAAUGGUCCACAGCAUGUUCAAGAAAUUCACACGCUGAAGCAGAAACUCAUACUAGCCACACAAAUGGAAUCAGAAUAUUUGGACGAAAUCGAGCAGCUUAAAUCGUCUCUGGAUUCUUUACGAAAACAAUCUGAGGCUAACAAAGAUUGCGUCAGGAACAAUGAAAUUGGUUCGGGAGACGACACUCUUUCGUGUGAAAUGCAGAAGAAGAUAGGAGAAUUAGAGGAAGUCAACGCUACGCUUGUAAUUAAGCUUCGGAUUGAACGAGAUAUGAGGACUGAACUUGAAGAAAAACUUGACGCUCUCAAUGAUGCCAAAUCAAAGCAGCCGUCGGAAGAGAGCCGUAUCAAUGCUAUUGAAAUCGAAUCUCUAAACUUCCAGCUUGAGGAGCUAAAAGAAGCACAUGCAAAUGAAAUUGCCUGUCUGACCAAGCGUUUAAAGGACGUUCUUGAUGACCUCGACGAGGCAAGGCUUCAAAUAGCUGAAAUCAAUGCUCAAAGCAAUUCACUUCGCGGGGAGCUUGCUGAAACAAAGGCCCAACUAGAAGGUUUGGAAAUGCAAGCUUAUUCAAUAGAGGGAAAGCGUGGAAACUCCCUUUUUUCCGAGGUAACAUUCUGGUGGAUAUGCUUUGAAUGCAACCAAUGUUUCUAA